AUGCUGCAACCUGGAAAACCUAAUGAAGCUUCUGGUAGUUUCGUUAUUGCUAAGGAGGAUGAAGAGGAUAUAGAUAUCAUGGAUGACGAUAUCAUCACCGGGAUACAACAUGACUUACCCUCCAUCCGAUUCUCUGAACGACCAUACAAAUUGAUGGAAGCAAGCAUGACUAAUACCGUUGUUUUGAAACUUCUUGGCCGCAAUAUUGGUUUGAAUGCCUUUACUAAUAAAGUCUUUGCGCUCUGGCGUCCUUCCCAACCUUUUAUGGAUCUUGAGAAUGACUACUUUCUGUCUAGAUUUCAAUCCAAAGAAGAUUAUAGGAAGGUUUUAACAGAUGGUUCUUGGAUCAUUUAUGGACAAUACCUGACGGUCCAACCUUGGUCCUUCAAUUUCAGUACGUCACAGCCGUAUCCUGCUUGGAUUCGGCUUCCAGGUCUUCCAGAGUUCAUGUACAAAAAAUUCAUUUUAAUGGGAAUGGGUAAGCUGAUUAGAAAGGUGGUGAAACUCGAUUUCCACAAAGACACUAAUAACAGAAGACGUUUCGCCCGUAUAGCUGUGUAUGUGGGUUUGAAGCAACCUUUAGUGUCCCAAGUGGUCAUUGAAAAUGAAAUUCAAAAAGUGGAGUAUGAAAACCACUCACAAAUUUGUUUUUCGUACGGGAGGUUUGGAUAUAUGAAAGAGGCAUGCCCGUUUACCAUCCUUGAACAUACAAACGGGGAUAUCACCUCUACCAACCUUGUCUCGUCACCUCUUCCUAAUAAUCCCCAUUCGACUUCCUUCGAGAACUCGCCAGUUAUCACAAACAAGUCGGUGGAAGAAGAACUGUAUGGCCCUUGGAUGGUCGUUGUACGGCAAAGCCUGUGA